CAUAUGUGCACAUCUAUUUAGGUAUAUGAUGAUACCAAGACCCCAUAAAAGGAAUCAGAUGAUGACGUGAGCUACAAGAUCCCCCAAUCAUGGCUGACAAUCCUGAGGCAAUGCCCGAAUGCGACUCCGAGUCAUCGGGCGCCCGGUCGCGGAAGCCGGCCAGCAACACUGCAACGGAGCAGAGCGACCCCCCGGAGGGCAGCAUGUUUGAGUGCAAUAUAUGCCUAGACACUGCCAGGGAUGCUGUCGUCAGCUACUGUGGCCAUUUGUUCUGUUGGCCCUGUCUGCACCAGUGGCUGGAGACCCGGCCUAACCGCCAGAUGUGUCCCGUGUGCAAGGCCGGCAUCAGCAAGGACAAGGUCAUUCCCUUGUAUGGGAGAGGGGACACCAAGCAUGAGGACCCCAGGGAGAGGCUGCCCCCUCGUCCACCUGGACAGCGAAGUGAGCCUGAAAAUUCAGCAGGAUUUUCAAGUUUUGGCUUGGAUGGGGGAUUUCAGAUGUCAUUUGGCAUCGGAGCAUUCCCGUUUGGCUUCUUUGCUUCCUCCCUGAAUUUUGGUGACAUGAGGCCUGCCUCCCCCCAGCCAGGGACCCCACAAUCAGAGCAGGAACAAUUCCUCUCCAAGGUGUUUCUUUGGGUUGCAAUCCUGUUCAUCUUGUGGCUCUUCCUCGCCUGAAAGGCCCUAGUCGAAGCUUGACUGUUGCUAUCGUCAGUGCUCCAUAUCCCCUUGUAUCUAAAUUGUGUUCUCUCUCACCGUGGUUACUCCCACCCUCCCUGGUUGUGGAGGGGUGAUAUGGGCAGGGCAAUUUCAUCUUCAGAGAAAUAUCACAUUUAUGAUGAUUAUUUUUUUUCUCCAGAUUCUGCUUUGACUUCUUGAAUGAAAUAUGUUCAGUCA